GGUUUAGCGCAACAGUUUGUGAUAGAGGGACGUACAGAACUUAUUCAAGCAAACCGAAUCAUUAGAGUUUCAGCGUUGCUUGCACUGCAGAAGUGCACGCACAUUUGCUCUUUCAACUUGCAAAACAUUUUGUUUAUUGUUGUUUAAAGGUAUUAUUAUAUCUCGGACUCAAUGGAUUUGCUGUGGCUUGUGUGUGUAACGGUGAGCGUCAGCGCCUGGCACGCAUCUGCGGAGCGACACAGUGUGUACUGGAACAGCUCAAACGCAAAUUUCCUGUGGGACGAUUACACCGUUGAGGUCCGCAUCAAUGACUACCUAGACAUUGUCUGCCCUCACUACACUCGGGGCAAGAUCCCAUCCCAGGAGGCCGAGCGGUACGUGCUGUACAUGGUGGAGCUGGAGGACUAUGAGGCCUGCAAGCCGCAGUCCUUCGACCAGCUGCGCUGGGAGUGCUCCAGGCCCUUCGCUCCUCACGCUCCAGAAAAGUUCUCCGAGAAGUUUCAGCGCUUCACUCCCUUCACUCUGGGCAAGGAGUUCCGCCAGGGAGAAAGUUAUUACUAUAUUUCCAAGCCUCUUCACCAUCAUGGCCAGGAGUGUUUGAGACUGAAGGUGGAUGUGGUUGGACCUCAUGGUUCCAAAAACAAGAAGACAGUGGAGACAAAGGAAAACGUAGAAGGAAAAAUGGCUGCAGGUGGUGUUCACAACCCAUCUAACAGGCUUCCAGCAGAUGACCCCGUUGCAAUGUUCCCAGUUGUGCAGAGGAGUGUGGGCAGUUCAGGCGUCCACACAGCAACAGUCUCAGUUUUCGUCACAUUGGCCUCUGUAUUGCUCGGCAUGCUUCUCCACUGAGCCUUUGGGACACAAUGGACUUUAUUGCUGGUGCUGGUCACUGGCUCCAACAAAAAUUUUAUACUAAGAAUUUUUUAUACGAAGUAAAUGGACUGAAGUUUUGGUGCUGCGUGUAAGUUGUUGAGUGAUGUGUUUGUGCUUGUGAGAGUGAUGUGACCAGAGAACGGUGUUUUUGAAGAACCUUCUUUCUUUCUGCCGAGACAUUUUUGAAGAGUGUUCACCAUUCUGACAUCCCCCUAUUUACAUUUAUUUUGUAAACGGUAUAUUUUCUCUCUACCUGAAAAGCAGCACAAAUGUAUUUGCCAAUGUUGAAAUAAAAACCAAACCUGAAAAGCUUGUCCUUCAAAAUUAACUGUUCACUGGAAUUGUGAUCGAUUCGAUCAAUACCACUGUAGCCAAAGAUCACAGGUAUAAUCUCAACCUUACCCUGACCUUGCACCGUAUAAAGAAUUGAUGUUUGUGCAUAUAACAGUGUUUGUAAAUCUAGAACAGUUGUGAAGCAUAGAUGUUUUUCUGUGUUCUCAAUCUGGUGUUGCUGUUGUUUUAGUUGGUUUCUGUGAUGUAAUGUGAACACACCCUACAAAAUAUACUGGCACUAAUUCAGAAAGCCACUAAUCAUACUGCAAAGAUAUAGAUAAUGUCAGAUUUGUUUUCUUUUGUAACACAACAUUUGGUUUUGAACAGCUAUGUUCAGUUGUGCUGCGUGUGCGUGUGCGUGUGUGUGUGUGAGAGAGGCUGGCCUUCUCUUCUAUUUCUGACAGAGAGCACAACUGUACACAUGCAAAGAUCAAUUCAAAUGCUUUAAAAUUCUCGAGUAAGUUAAAAGAACAUUUUGAUUUUGUAAAAAGUUUGUGUUUUGUACUGUGUUGGUUUAUACACUUUUGUAAAUAGUUAUGUAAAUAUGUAUAUAUUGAGAGUUAUAUAAAAUAAAAAUGUUUGUUUAUUA